UUUACAUUCCCAGAUUUGCUUGUAAGUACAAGUAGGGCAGUACCAUGUUUUGACUUUCUCCAGCCGUUUGUGUUCACUUACUGAUGCAUGACCACAGUUUUUGCCGAUAUGGCAAAGCUGGGCACAUCACAGGUUAAGGCUCGGUGUGUUUUUGCAACUGCUUGGUGUACAUCACCAGGCAUGAGUAAGAGGUAUUCACUGCUCUCUAGUAACUGGAAACAGUAACAGUUUGAAUUUCUAUAACCUGAAAUCCGUGAUUUGAAAAACUACCGUUUGCUCCUUGGUCUUUGACUUAGGCCAUUUCUACAACGAUGAACUUCUGGCACGUUUGGGUGUAGUGGUUUGUUUAACGUCCUAAUCCCCCAGCAACCCGUGUCUGGUUUAUGAUCUUUGCAGUGUCUGUGGUGCAGGAGGGCAAAUAAUGGUAAAAGCAGUCCAGCAAUUACAACCAACGCGCUUGUACAAGCUCGGUGCGAAAAACAACGUCUAGCCGCCAUAAUUGCACGUGAAUCAAUCAACAUUCUUCUGCAGAAAACACUUCUAAAGAAAAAUCUUAUCAAACCAUUCAUAAACUGUAUCUUAAAACAGCAAUAUUACCAGUCAUCAGUAUUCAAAGGAUCCUGAUCAACCACCAGUCAAUAACGAAAUCCUCUGAAUGUCACUAUAGGGACAUCGUUUAUACAAAACACUUGAUGUGUUAAAGAGGCUUUGCAUUUAACAUACUAUGAAUCAGAAGGACAAGAUGGCAGGAUCAAAGAUGUUGCCGUAUUUCUUAGCUCUUGCUGGGUUCGUGACAUUUUUCAUUCUGUUUAUGAAGUUUAAUGAGUAUGAAUUGUUAGUUAAGAGAUCGACAAGUCUCUGCAAGGACAAUGAAUCCAAAAGGAUGCUGGCGAAAAAGCUUGAAGAUGAAAAACGCGAGGUGAAUACCAUAACUGUCAAAUAUGACAAAAGGAAUAUCUUCUUUACAUAUAAGGUCUACAAACCAAUGCAAUCUAAUAAUAAGGCGACGAUAAUAAUGAAAGGCUGCCCGAGCAGACGAAACAUCGCGAAUUUCGCUCUAGUUACUGGAUUUAUUGACUUGCGAAGUAAAACUUAUCGCAAAACACUAGGUGAGCUAGCUGAAGAGACAGAAGAGAAUAAUUUGAAAAUUGAUGCGAGGCACAUGGAAAUUAUUGACGUUUUGCAACAUAACCUAAACCACAAAUUCAUUGACGAAGUACACGUGUUAGUGAGAGAUAGAGAAACUGCCGAAUAUUUGCAUUCUCUGCCUCUCCAGAGGAGUGAGGAGCUUUUCAUUUCUGUUGUUAAUGAAGAAGUUGGACUUACAAGCCAGCUACUAUACGCUGCAAGAUGCCUUACAGAUCAUUUGGUAGCUAUAACAAAUCAGGAUAACAAGUUAGGCAAGGGAUGGGACUUGCCGUGGUAUGAGGUAAUCAGGGACACGAGAACGAUGUACGCUUUGACAAGACAUUCCCCAUUAGAGUCGAAUUGCACUUCGCAAUGGAAUUGUGAUGAUGGAGGCAUCUACGUAGGCUCUCACGACACCUUUGUUUUAAAACCUCUAAAGGAGUGGACGGAAAGCACUUUUAGUGAAUUGAAGGGGAUCUCGCCUGAUUUGUAUGGAAUGGAGAACCUCUUAAUGUGGUUCCUUCAGACAAAAUUGGGCUAUCGUAUUAACCCAUGCAAAAUUCUGUUCGUACACCAUCAUCAUUGUGUUCCUAUCCGAGGCCUAAAUCGGCACAGAGUUAACAACAAUUACAGAAGCCUUACUGUUGGCUUUUCGGACAGACUAGGCUCCUCUUACGAUCGUGAUAUUGAGGAGGAACUGUAUUUGUGAUCUUUGGCAAUGUAAACUUUAAUAGCCCGGCGAAAGAGUAAGGUGACUGGAGUCGAUUCGCUCUUAUUUCAACAACAAACUAAGUGGGUUCUCUUAAUCUAUUCAUAUAAAAGAAGCAGUGUUUAUAUGAUGUUUUCGGUCAUUGGCUUUUUGGGCCAAGGAUUUUAUGAGAUCCUGUGUUUUCUCAUAAAAUGUCCCCUUUUCCCCACUCGCUACACCACUGAAAAUUAAUUGAAAAAGGCGAAGGUAGAAUUUUUACAUAGCUUUUUGCCUUAUUCCAUGGCAAUGAAUCAACGAAUUAAACAAGAAAUAAUCACGAAAACAAGCUGCUGUCAGCAUUUUAGGUAAAACAUUGACAAGAGAUAAGUUCUGAGCUUUCAAAUAUCAUGCAAUCUUAGCAGUUAAAGAUAUUUGUUGGAAUGUAAUGGGGAAGACAAGAUUGAUUUGAUAUUUUUCUGAGAGCUCUUUUUCGUGUUAAAAACUGAAUUUUUGACGUGCCAAUGUCUGACCCACCAAUGACACGAACGAGGAAUUGUCAAUGCUUGCCGAGAAGAAAGAUUUUUUCAGUUCUCUCAAAUGAUGAUUCCAUCUUAGCUCUUCAUCUCACAAAAGACCAUGAAAUUUGAUUGAUUCUUCUCCAAAAACGUUUUUGUUUACUGUUUUUCACUAAAACACUAGAAGUUACUGAUAUCACAUAAAUUAUAAUUUGUUCUUGGAUGAAAUCUUUUGAAUCAUAGCAGGUAUCUGGAUUAAUGUCAGAGAGGCAGAGUUUAGACUAUUUUAAACAUUAGCAUAGUUGUUGGUUAAUAGAAGAAAAAGCAGAUGUUUUAGAACUGAUCCCUAAAGCAUACCGAUUUCUUUCAUUUAGAAAACACAUUUGAUGAAUUUCCUUUUGUAAUGUUAACACUUGGAAAUAAAAAAAAAUAAGAUAUACUAGAGUAUGAAAGGAGGACAUUUAUAUCCCCAAAUCGAGUCCCUUUGUUAUUUAAAGUAUGUUGCUUAGUCUAAGUUACACUAAUCGAUGCAAGAUUAAUUGAACUAAUUUCUUGGAAACCGAUGAGUAGCUCUAUGGAAAAAUGUGAUUAUUAGGUUUUCUUCUUGAAAUAGAGUAGUACUUUGGUGAAUUUUGAUAUCAAUGGGACAAUUCCUUUGGUAAUGGUUGUACCUAUGUUUUUGCAGUAGUUUCAAUCACCUUUUGGAUUCUAAGAUUUAGUUGAAUUUAAGAACUUGCAGCGUUGGAUGACUGGUAAUUGUACUUAAGUACAUCAAAGUUGUUGUGAAAAAUUGUUGAAUUUUUCAGUAAUGAAUGCCAAGUUUAAGAUAUUAUCAAGACAUUGUUGUGUUUGUCUACUUGCUAAAGAUAUACAUUUACAUUAUACUUUACAAUAUUGUGCAACUCUUUCUUUUUUAUAUGAUCUUUUGAAAAUAAAGAUCUACUGUGCCUAUCAAGGCUGAAAUGUACAUUUGACCAUCGACUCUCCCACCAUGACAGGCACUCCCACUUAUCCUACCCUCACUGUGUUAAGUAUAAACCCAUGG